CUGAUUGGCCGCCCUUUCGCAAUUCAGACGAGGCCGCCAUACAGUCCUUCACCGCCGGAGCCUCCGUUAUGCCAACUCAGAGCCCUUUUGCCAGCUCAGCCUCCACCCAAGACGUCUUUCCGAACACCCACCCUGGCUUCCAUGGCGCCGCUCAUUCGUCGCCCUUUCAGCUCCAGCAUGAGACAUUCAUGCAGCCGGUCAUCGACACAGCCUCUACCAUGCCACUCCAGGACCUCUCGGCUGCUUGGGGCCAACCAUACCUUGCUCCGAAUGAUCUGCCCUUGCCUAGUCAGGCUGGUGGCGGUCAUUUGGAUGCCUGGUAGGUUUUUUUUUUUUUCAACUAACUGUACCUAG